AUGAUGAUCUAUUUGAGAUUGCUGGCAACCAACCGGACGAAUACGGCGAUGACGAGACCAAGUCGGCCUGAUAGGGUGCCUGGGGCUAUGGAGUGGUCUAUGCAGGCCUGGAUGAUCUCGGCUACCGCCGCUAAUCCGUGGUUGGCUGCCAGAGUCGCCGUCGCCUGGGCUGCCGCGUGCCGAUCUCCGAGGGGAAUAUCUGUAAAAAGAGAUAACAAGUCCGGGCAAAAAUAUGAACUAUCGAAGAAAUCAGCUAGGGCCCGGACGGUUCAUCGCAUCCGGCAACAUGGAUCACACGGACACAUCAGCCACGGGGGUCGAAAGUGCUAUCAACGAGAGCGUUAUCAUGUCCAGAGAGCGAACCGCACAGGUGCAUCAGAAGUCUCCUUUGCCUUCACUCAACCUCCGACCGCUUCGACCAGUAAACCGACUUUCACGAGAGCAGGCCUGCAGCGUCAAUACGAGUUCAACAGCAGCAUUCUAGAAUUGAUCGCUCCUGUGGCCCAAGUGGCCCCGGAAGAAUUCGACGUCAAGAAUUUGCUGGAUAAGGCCGUAACGGCCUUACGUCAGCGGAAUGAGCUCCUCACCGUGAACAAAGACCCAGAAGUUUGGGAGCUCUUCGACCAACACGGCAAAGCGCAAAGUUUUGAUGUGUACUGCAUUCCUUUCCUGAGGGAGAAAAAGAAGCAAUAG